ACGGUUGUGGUCACCGGAGGAAGUUGUGGCAUUGACCACGCAUUCAUCUGUGUGAAGGCUGGGGUGAACGCCGCUAUCAUCUAUCGGUCCGCUAAAGAUGUGGAGAUAGUUGCAUUCAAGGUCGCACAGGACUAUGGUGUCACCGCCAAAACGUUACAGUGA